AUGUCGAGAUUAUUAAACGACAGACAAAAAGCUGAGGUACGUAGGGAUGGCUCGAAUCUGGAAAGACUCAGAAAGCUACCGGAUCCGCUGCCGAACACACGAUGGAUUGGCGGAUACGGAGUCGGGUCUGGGUCCUAUGGCCUGGCCACGCUCUGGACUUUGGUGGACAACUCAACUCUGAAAGCUAUUGCUCACGUUGUCAUCAAAGACGCUUUCGAGGGAGUUUGGGAACCGACCGCCGAGCAAGGUCUCUAUAGGGACAUCUAUCGGCAACUCAAGAACAAGGGCCACGACUUCGGUGCGGAUCCUACAAACGAGAUUGGUCGUGCAGCACCUGAACUUAGGUUUUUAAACGAAGCGUAUCUACAAGGUCUGAUGACUGUGCCCGAUGUCAACGAAGAGAUUUACUGCUCUCAGCUCUAUGGUUACGCAAGGAAGCUCUGGGGAACACCUUAUGCAAAGCAUUACAACCACUGGCGCUUGUUUAUGCCAUUCUACGAUUACGGAGAUCUCCAAAAGCUCAUUGACGCCCACGUCGAAAAGGCGGUCGCCAUACCGGAGCCAUUUAUCUGGCACACUCUCGAAUGUCUUAUGAAGGCUGCUGUCCAGUUGGAAGAGCAAGCACGGCUACGUCCCCACAGGACCGACUCAGACGUGAUUGUGGUGUUUGAUAUAAAACCAGGAAAUAUACUACUCGCUCAACCCGAUAGGACAUCCGCUUUCCCCAUCUACCCACGACCCCAUGUUGCGGAUCUUGGAGGAGGUUGCCUUACCAAUCAGACCGACCCUAAAAAUCUACAGGAUAGCCUGCGCUUCACUUAUAGUCCAGGCUAUUUAGCUCCAGAGAUGUCGCAUGAAAUGGAACCAGAAAUGGCAAAUCUACGCGGAACAUGUACGAACGUGUGGCAGAUUGGGCGAGUGCUCGAGCUGAUGAUGGAGUUGCUUCCGGAGACCUUUGGCGAUAUCAACUAUAAAUUCAACCCUAACAUUGCACCUGAAGACUUGGAACCAGAGAUAGGCAAUUACACCUACUGGCUGGCCGCGCAACAAAAUUACUCGGUUCAACUGAAGCACAUGGUUGCCUGGUGCUUGCGCCACUUUCCAUCACAACGUAUGUCGCCUCAAGACAUCUUAGCGUGGAUAGAUGGAGCGAGGACAAACGAAACUGCAAGUGUAAUUUUCAAAGGCAUGGACACAUUCGGCAGUGAUGCAUGGUUCCUCAACCAGCAAAAAAUCCGCGCCGCGGUACCUCCACCACCCAAGAUACAAAAUCCGGACAAGGAACCCGCUCUCCAAGCAGCUGAGAAGGAAAAGAUCAGACGAACUUACAAAGCCAAACCGUACCUACACGCUUGGGGUCAUGAGAGAGCUGCUGAGUUCACUGACCUGGGCGUCUUCCCGCCUGAACAUGACGAAGUCUUGUACGAGGGAGAAGCAAAUUGGUGGGCUACCGAGACUGCAGAUUUCAUCUGGCAGGAUGGAACUCCUGUGUGGCCAUUGCCACCUCCCCCGCCGGUCGUCAAACGAACUCCUGCUCCUCCAAGAUCCUCGUCGAGUGCUCACAUACGUUAA